AGACGGAAGCGCAAAUCUAUGUGAGUUACAAUAUAACGCCCUUGUAUAUUGUCAAUAGCAUUACUUUUGUAAGAAAAAAAAAGGUAUUAUUGAAACCUAUAGUUAUAGCAAUAGAUUAAUAAUAGAAAUAACAGAUUUAUAUUUGUUAUCCUAAGCGAUGUCAAGGGAGUAUGACCAUUUAUUUAAACUUCUUAUAAUCGGGGAUAGUGGAGUUGGAAAGAGCAGCCUUCUCCUUAGAUUUGCUGACAACACAUUUUCAGGAAAUUAUAUUACAACUAUUGGAGUAGAUUUCAAAAUUAGAACCAUUGAAGUGGAAGGAGAGCUGGUAAAGCUUCAGAUCUGGGACACAGCGGGUCAAGAACGUUUUCGAACGAUAACAUCAACGUACUAUCGAGGGACCCAUGGUGUUAUUGUUGUUUAUGAUGUUACUAAUGGAGAGUCUUUUGCUAAUGUAAAGAGAUGGUUACAUGAGAUUGAACAAAACUGUGAUGUAGUUAAUAGAAUCUUAGUUGGAAACAAGAAUGACGACCCUGAUAGGAAGGUAGUGUUAACUGAAGAUUCUCAACGAUUUGCCGACCAGAUGGGAAUCCAGCUCUUUGAGACAAGUGCCAAGGAGAAUAUCAAUGUUGAAAAAAUGUUCAAUGCCAUCACAAAAAUGGUUUUGAAUACGAAAAAAGAACAAAAGGAACGUCAACAACAGAAUAGAGAGAGUACUGUCAAACUUCAACGAGGAUCACAACGAGGGAAAAAAAAAUGUUGUUAAUAGUAUUUUAUUAAAGGAUAAGAAAAGAAAAACUAUCAUUAAGUGAUAUCCAAGUCCUUCCUAGGCCACAGUAUCUUGAGUAUAAAUUCUGUAUGCCUCUGGGACCUUUCAUCAGAGAAUUUUAUUGGUAUUCCAGAAAACGGAAGAAAUCCUGCACUUUGUCCUUGUCAUCAGAAAAAUUGGGCAUCAAUCUUUUUUUUUUCUUCAAAUAAAUGAUUUUUUUUUGUUAGUGGGGUAGAGGUGGGGAGAUUAAAC